GCUCGCACGGCCCUCGGCUGCCCCGCGCCUCGCCGGAGCCCGAGGGGGCGCGGGUCCGGGGCGAGGGCCGGCCGGGCGUGUUUGAUGGCUUCACUGAGAAGAGUCAAAGUGCUGCUGGUGUUGAACUUGAUCGCGGUGGCCGGCUUCGUGCUCUUCCUGGCCAAGUGCCGGCCCAUCGCGGUGCGCAGCGGAGACGCCUUCCACGAGCUCCGGCCGCGCGCCGAGGCGGCCAACCUCAGCGCGCACAGCGCCAGCCCCAUCCAGGAUGCUGUCCUGAAGCGCCUCUCGCUGCUGGAGGACAUCGUCUACCGCCAGCUGAAUGGCUUAUCCAAAUCCCUUGGGCUCAUCGAAGGUUAUGGUGGGCGGGGCAAAGGGGGCCUUCCUGCUACCCUGUCCCCAGCUGAAGAGGAGAAAGCCAAGGGCCCCCAUGAGAAGUAUGGCUACAAUUCCUACCUCAGUGAAAAAAUUUCACUGGAUCGUUCCAUUCCGGAUUAUCGUCCCACCAAGUGCAAGGAGCUGAAGUACGCCAAGGAGCUGCCCCAGAUCUCCAUCAUAUUUAUCUUCGUGAACGAGGCCCUGUCGGUGAUCUUGCGGUCCGUGCACAGUGCUGUCAAUCACACACCGACACACCUGCUGAAGGAAAUCAUCCUGGUGGACGACAACAGUGACGAAGAGGAGCUGAAGGCCCCCUUGGAGGAGUACGUUCACAAGCGCUACCCUGGGCUGGUGAAGGUGGUGCGCAACCAAAAAAGAGAGGGCCUGAUCCGAGCUCGCAUCGAGGGCUGGAAGGUGGCCACUGGCCAGGUCACUGGCUUCUUUGAUGCCCACGUGGAAUUCACUGCUGGCUGGGCCGAGCCAGUUCUGUCCCGAAUCCAAGAGAACCGGAAGCGAGUGAUCCUCCCGUCCAUCGACAACAUCAAACAGGACACCUUUGAGGUGCAGCGGUACGAGAACUCAGCCCAUGGCUACAGCUGGGAGCUGUGGUGCAUGUACAUCAGCCCCCCAAAAGACUGGUGGGACGCCGGAGACCCUUCUCUCCCCAUCAGGACUCCAGCCAUGAUUGGCUGCUCCUUUGUGGUCAACAGGAAGUUCUUUGGUGAAAUCGGUCUUCUCGACCCUGGAAUGGAUGUGUAUGGGGGAGAAAAUAUCGAACUUGGAAUCAAGGUGUGGCUCUGCGGGGGCAGCAUGGAGGUUCUGCCUUGCUCACGAGUGGCCCACAUCGAGCGGAAGAAGAAGCCCUACAACAGCAACAUUGGCUUCUACACCAAGAGGAAUGCUCUCCGGGUUGCCGAGGUCUGGAUGGAUGAUUACAAGUCUCAUGUGUACAUAGCGUGGAACCUGCCACUGGAGAAUCCAGGAAUUGACAUAGGUGAUGUCUCCGAAAGAAGAGCCUUAAGGAAAAGUUUAAAGUGUAAGAAUUUCCAGUGGUACCUGGACCACGUUUACCCAGAAAUGAGAAGAUACAAUAACACCAUUGCAUACGGGGAGCUUCGAAACAACAAGGCAAAAGACGUCUGCUUGGACCAAGGGCCGCUGGAGAACCACACAGCAAUACUGUACCCGUGCCAUGGCUGGGGACCCCAGCUUGCCCGCUACACCAAGGAGGGCUUCCUGCAUUUGGGAGCCCUGGGGACCACCACACUCCUCCCUGACACCCGCUGUCUGGUGGACAACUCCAAGAGUCGGCUACCCCAGCUCCUAGAUUGUGACAAAGUCAAGAGCAGCCUGUACAAGCGCUGGAAUUUCAUACAGAAUGGAGCCAUCAUGAAUAAAGGCACAGGCCGCUGUCUGGAAGUGGAGAACCGGGGCCUGGCUGGCAUCGACCUCAUCCUCCGCAGCUGCACGGGACAGAGGUGGACAAUUAAGAAUUCCAUCAAGUAGCUGGAAGGAGGGGGGGGGCCCGGAGCCUGGCCCCCAGGACCGGGACUGCCUGUCUUCUGGGCCAGCCAUGCUGGUAGAGAGAUGACUACAGGAAGACAGCAGGUGCUCCUCGGGCCUCCCGGGGCUUCUCCAGGGCAGCACAGGGCCCCAGCUGGAGACUCGGUGUCCACCUUUGGCAUUCAGCUGCCGUGAGGCCCGUGCUCCCUGGAAAAGCCCAUCCCCCUUCUCUGGAAACCCGGGAGCUGUGUCUUCUGCAGUAUGAAUGUGGACCACAUACCAUGGAGUGAAACCCCCACAUCCUCCUUGUCCUCUUCCCAGCCACUCUCAGGACUGGGACUGGCAGGGGCCCCUCUUCUUUCUCAUCUCUUGGAGCAGCAGCAGCUUCUGAAUGCCACCCCAGCCCUCACAAGCAGGGUGGGGGGUGGUGCUCAGGUGCAUCCCAUCUCCCCCCUCCUUGGAGGACACCCUGAGGCCCUGAGACUCUGUUUCCCUCAAGGUUGCUUCUGCCCAGAUGCCCAUUUACAAGGCAGCCUCCAUCCCAAACCUUUCCAUCAGACAUACAGCCCUGGACUUUUCUGGAUCCUCCUCCCUAAGAUGGCCUAGAAGGAAUUAAUGCUUCCAUGGUCACUGGGGCCCUCGGCUCCUAUGUUCCUGGGCCAGCUGCUCUGUCUGUGUCCUCGGGGAGCCAGAGGCAGGAAGAGGCUGAGCACAUAGGGAGGUCAUGUCUGUGAGCCCCCACCCCGGGCUGGAGACAGGCUGGCACAGUUGUGCCCACCCGGGGCUCCGGGAGCCCUGACUCACGGAGGCUGCCACAGGCGCCUCCAACUGAAGCCAGCACACCAGGGGGGCCUGGGACCCUGGAGGAUGCUCUGUGUUCAUCUCAUUUCACCCCGUGCUCUGCUGGCUGACAGAGGAGAAGGCAGUCGAUUCCUCUCUGAAGAGUAAUAAUUUUUUUCGAUUGCCCUCUGGUUAGGGUGCACUUAUAAAUCAGAGUUAAUAUAUGAACGCGUGUGCAUGCCUAUGCAUAUGUGAGCCUGUGUGGCGUGCGUGACAGCGUGUGUGCGCGUGCGUAUGUGUGUCUGGGUGUGUGCGUAUGAAUGUGCAAUAGGGCAGAUGUAAAAGUGUGGCCUUGGGCUUGUCGCUUCAUUGUUCACCUGGAUCAGGACAAGGCUGCUGGAAGCUUGGGGGGUGGGCCUUGGGCCAUGCAUCUCUGGCCAGGAGCAAAGUGGCCCAGCCUUGCUCCAUGGGGAGCCCCAGAUGGAAGGCUGUCCCUCUUCCAGCUCCCUCUCGGUCCCUCGUGCUAUCCCCAACAGCCAAGUCCCGCCCAGAACCAAAUCCUGUAGUUGCCCAGUUUGGGGUUCACAGUGUCUCAUUUGGUGGCAUCUUAUUGGUGAUCACCACCCCACCCCGCGCCCCAUCCUCCCUUGUGAAAUAAAUACAUGUGAGCACUU